AUGGAAGCAGCUGACUACGAAGUGCUAUCCGUGCGAGAGCAGCUAUUCCACGAGAGGGUCCGCGAAUGUAUUAUCUCAACACUUCUGUUUGCGACACUCUACAUCCUCUGCCACAUCACCCUGACCCACUUCAAGAAGCCUGCUGAGUUCACUACAGUGGAUGAUGAAGAUGCCACAGUCAACAAGAUUGCGCUCGAGCUCUGCACCUUUACUCUGGCAGUUUCCCUGGGUGCCGUACUGCUCCUGCCCUUCUCCAUCAUCAGCAAUGAGGUGUUGCUGUCACUGCCUCGGAACUACUACAUCCAGUGGCUCAAUGGCUCCCUCAUCCAUGGCCUCUGGAACCUCGUUUUUCUCUUCUCCAACCUGUCCCUCAUCUUCCUCAUGCCCUUUGCAUACUUCUUCACUGAGUCUGAGGGCUUCGCUGGCUCCAAAAAGGGUGUCCUGGGCCGAGUCUACGAGACAGUGGUAAUGUUGAUGCUCCUCACUCUGCUGGUGCUGGGCAUGGUGUGGGUGGCGUCAGCCAUUGUGGACAACAACAAGACCAGCAGGGAGUCACUCUAUGACUUCUGGGAGUACUACCUCCCCUACCUCUAUUCCUGCAUUUCCUUCCUUGGGGUCCUGCUGCUCCUGGUGUGUACUCCACUAGGUCUCGCCCGCAUGUUCUCGGUUACUGGGAAGCUGCUGGUCAAACCGCGGGUGCUAGAAGACCUGGAGGAGCAGCUGUACUGCUCAGCCUUUGAAGAAGCAGCUUUGACCCGCAGGAUUUGCAAUCCCACCUCCUGCUGGCUGCCUUUGGACAUGGAGCUGCUGCACAGACAGGUGUUGGCUCUGCAGACACAGAGGGUCCUACUGGAAAAGCGGUGGAAGGCUUCAGCCUGGCAGCGGAACCUGGGUUAUCCCCUGGCCAUGCUGUGCUUGCUGUUACUGACGGGCCUAUCCGUGCUCAUUGUGGCCAUCCACAUCCUGGAGCUGCUCAUCGAUGAGGCUGCCAUGCCCCGGGGCAUGCAGGGUGCCUCCCUGGGCCAGGUCUCCUUCUCCAAGCUGGGCUCCUUUGGUGCUGUCAUUCAGGUUGUACUCAUCUUUUACCUGAUGGUGUCUUCGAUCGUGGGAUUCUACAGUUCUCCACUCUUCCGGGGCUUGCGGCCCAGAUGGCAAGACACAGCCAUGACACAGAUAAUCGGGAACUGUGUCUGUCUCCUGGUCCUAAGCUCAGCACUUCCUGUCUUCUCUCGAACCCUGGGACUCACUCGCUUUGACCUGCUGGGUGAUUUUGGACGCUUCAACUGGCUGGGCAAUUUUUACAUCGUGUUCCUCUACAAUGCAACCUUUGCGGGCCUCACCACUCUCUGUCUGGUGAAGACCUUCACUGCAGCUGUUCGGGCGGAGCUGAUCCGGGCUUUUGGACUGGACAGACUGCCAUUGCCUGUCUCUGCUUUCCCCAGGGCAUCUAGGAAGACCCAACACCAGUGA